AUGUUAGACCAAACUGAAUCACAAUACGCAGCAGCAGCGCACGUUCCGCUCAUAAAGUCACCAGGUCUUCGAGUACCUCCAGCUGUACAUCUACCACCAGACAUCCAUCCUCUUCCUGAUAGCGUUACUCCAUAUUUUGUCUAUCCAUACACACUAGAACCGCACGUACUCACAGUCGAGUCUUCUCGGCGCACGACACUCGCGGCGCAUACGGCGAGGAGAGAGGCAUAUCUUCGUGCGAGAGAGGACGAGCAUGAAUGGCGGAGAAAGGAGGCACUCAGGCGUGUUGCACCGGGUUUUGAUCCUGCGGCGACGCUUGUGCCUGUUCGUGCUGAAGUUAGCGAGGUUAAGACGGAUGUGAUGGAUCAGCUUGUGGACCAGCUUGCUAAGAUGGAGAAUGGGAGUUGA